AUGACUUGUAAACAAAUGUGAAAACUCAUCAAAACUGUUAUAAAUAUAAUGUUUACAAAAUUUUGCUCAUUGUAUAACAUGUUUGCACCCACAGGAACAACUUUUGAUGCCAUUUGACAUUGAAACAUUGUUCAAUUGCAUCUGUACAGUUCUGUAUUGUAUAUAUACAGUAAUUUGACAAGUUGAGAACGCAGGAAAAGGCAUUUAUUGAGAAAAGAAAUGGAUGAACCUGUUCAAAAAAAGUUGCGUUUUUCCAAAAAUAAUAGUAAUUCAACAGAGCCUGACAGUUGUCAGAACAGUUUUGAAAGUCAGGAAAAUGGAACACUAGAGUAUGACCUUGACAUUGGUUUAAAUGGGGACCAACUAAAUGAGGUUUCCAGCUCUGAAUCAGUGACUAUUAAUCAUGAUACAGUCAAUGAUGAUUCAGCUGAAAAUAAUAUAGCUGACACAUCAGCUGGUACAUCUUUAUCGAAAGUUGAAUCGGUUGUAAGAGAUGCUAAAACAAUAACUAGUGUAAUACCUGAUGUUGAUGAAGAUGAUGUUUAUAAUAAAAUUCUUCAAAGAAGAGCUGCAAAGAACAGGAUCGACAUUGUCACAAAUGAAGUUUUAGAAGAAACUAUUGUUAAGCAGGGAGGUACUUCUGAAUCAGUGGAAAACCAAGCUGUGAGUAGCUCUAGCGAUGAACUUUUUAAAGAUGUAGCUGAAAUACUUAUCAAGCAUCCUGAUGUUGACCCAAGUUAUGUGUACGACAUGCUUGAGAAAGAAAAUGACAAGAAAGACAGAAUUGAUAUUGUAUUGAAAGAGUUGUUAAAAACAAUUACACCGAAAGAAAUACUAAACAGAUCACCAGAGCAUUCCGUUUCAAACAGUGUUUCAGAUUCAAGCGUUAGUGCAAGUGUUAAUGGAAUUGAUCUGUUAAGUGACCCAGACUUUAAGAAAAAUCCCUUGUACAGAGAUUUAAGAACACUGCGUAAGGUUUUACCUGAUGUUAACCAGAAUGAACUGUAUGCAUACCUUGAAGCACAUUUUUACGAGCCAAACAGGGUGCAAAUUGUAAUUGAUGAGUUAACGAAAUCUGAUAGUCAAGAAUCAGUGCAUUCCGAAAAGGAAACAGUUACAGAUGACAGAGGUAAAGCUCCUCAGACAGCAGAAGAUAGGCUUCAACUUGAUUUCAAAGCACUAAAAGAUAUAAUCCGAGAUUGUGAUCCAAACUUUCUGUUCGAGAAGCUGGUGACAAUGGAUAGUGAUAAGGAAAGAGUUCAUAAAAUUGCAGCAGAGCUACUGGAAAAACGUGAUUACCCAAAGCUUAAAGAUGUUCUUGAACAUGAAAGACAAAAUGCAGAAAAGAAACGUAUUACAGAAAUGAAGUUUGACUUGCAAGAUUUUCUGUCUAAAUUUUCAGACCCAUUUACAUACUUUGAAAAUCUAGACAGGCCAGUUUCCGACAACUACAAGGAUCAUGUUAUGGUUUACCUGAAGAAUAUGUACCCUCAGUUAAAGGCUGGGUACAUCAAGAAGGUCGUGAAAGAGAAAAAUCACCAUCUGGCUCCGGUCGUUGCAGAGAUAGAUAUAGCUUUUCAGCCAACUCCUGGUCGUCGGUCAAAGAAGCAGCGAAUGACAAUACGGGAGCACCUGAACUACCCAGACACCCCGGACGAACCAUUCUUUCAGGAAGUACUCUUCUGUCAAAACAAGAGGCAUAUCAAAGAUCAUCUGAGGGAGGUUCGUGAACAGAAAAACAUGAAGAUUGACGCAGCCAGACAAGCCGGGGAGCUGCUAGAAUGUGGCUGUUGCUAUGACGAUGAAUGUUUGUUUGAAGACAUGGCAGCAUGCGCAGACGGACACAUAUUUUGUCAAGAGUGUGUGCGCAGAUCAGCAGAGUCUACUCUAGGAGAGGGCAAGACGAAAUUUGUCUGCCUGACAGGUACCUGUGAUGGAGAUUUCCCCUUAAGUACGCUACAGUCCGUAUUAAGCCCCGCUGUGUUUUCCAUGGCCCUUCGCAAGCUUCAGGAGGAAGAGAUUCGACAGGCGGGAAUUCCAGACCUUGUUGCCUGCCCCUUCUGCUCCUUCGCAACAAUCAUGGCUGACCCAGAAGAUAAACUGUUCAGAUGCCUGAACCCAGAGUGCCUUAAAGAGUCUUGCAGACUAUGCCAGGAACCAAACCACAUCCCACUGCGAUGUAACGAGGUGGAAAAGCAGGGGGUUACCGGUAUUCGCACGUUCAUUGAGAUGAAGGUGUCCGAGUCCAUGCUUCGUGUCUGUCCCAAAUGUCACAAGAGGUUUUACAAGUUGGAUGGAUGUAACAAGAUGACGUGCCAGUGUGGAACAACCAUGUGCUACGUGUGUCGGGAACCUCACAUUGACUACGAACACUUCAGUGACAGUCCGGGGUGCAAUGAUGACUCAAACAUGCGAGCCCUCCACCGGAAAGAGAUGAUGAAAGCUGCAGAAGAGGCGUCAUCCGAAUAUUUUGAGAAUCAUCCCGACCUUGACCUUAACAACAUGGACAUUGACCUCAGCAGUCUUGUAGAUAACAUUCUGAAAGGAAAUGAGGAAAACCAAGAUGAUUACUAUGAUGACGAGGGUGAUGCUGAUGGUGAUUAAUGAAAACAUUUUAUGUUUGUAAGUGUUAUGAAACGUCAAAUAUUGCAGCAAUUAUCACAAAGUUGGUUGCUUAUUUAACCUUUUAAUUGACUAAUAAAGGGAUUAUACAUGCAGCUGUUAAUAGGUAAGGGCACAGGGUUGUAUGGACGAAUGGAUGACUGCCUCUUGCAAGCAACCUCCGACAAGAGACCAGACAGUGAGGCUCCCAUUUGUUAAAUUCACAAUGAUGAUACAUUAUAUAUAUCAUUCACUAUUAAUUACUGGUAGUCAAAUAAAUAUACAGGUAUAUAAAUUAACUGGAAAUCUAUGUAAAAUAAAUGUCUUUUUGCAUUUAGUCUAUUGUCAUUGACUCAUUGUAUUCACAUUCAUUCUGCAUGUCAUUUAUUGUUUAGUUAUAAAUCUUAGGUGCUUAAACAGGUAUGUGAUUUAUCGGAAAACUUUGCGGAUUUUCAACAAAAAUCAUAUAUUUAAAAAAAAAAAUAUAUAGUUUUUAGUUUGUAUAUGGUUAGUUAUUGACACUCCAGUUUGCUUCAAAUUUGAGAGUCAUGAGAGCCCUCAAAUGGUUUCUAAAAUUCCAGUUUUACUUCCGGGACAGAGGGCUUCAUACUUUUUUACCCCAAAUGGCAAUAGAGGCCAAGACGGGCAUGCAAACCCCUUAUGGUUUCAGCCCUUCAAUUGCCAGGUUGAUAAUAUCCCUGUUUAACCUCAAAGGUUGAUCCUAUAUGAUUUUGCUGGCAACAUAUAUCAGGGAUUUUAUUUAUGAGCUUUUUCUCAACUUCGCAGAAAUUUGCAGCUUCUAAAAUUAUCAGCAAGGAUAUGAAUGGUAUGUAAUUUCAUUGGAAAUUACUCAUUUUGCUGAACUUCUUUUCUUGUUUUCAUUUAUAACUUGAUAAUGUUAAGAUUUUUAUUAUUUUGGUGCAUUAUGUAUUUACAUGGAGUUGCCCAAAUUUGUAAUUGAUGACUUUUUGCUAUAAAUGUAUAUACAUUUCAGAUGAAAAACAUAUGAACUAUGAGCAUAAAAAGUCAUUGUAGUUGUUGAACAUGCACUUGUUCCUAUAAGUGUUGUGAUUCAUUUUCUUAAUAAUGGCUUUAAUGUGUGAUCAGUGUGAUGGGUACUUGUGCACUUUUUUUGUCGUUUUUUUAUGUGAGUUAUGUGAAAUACGUUUUAAACCAAAAAAUUCAUAUUAUUUACUUGUGACUGUAUGAAGAAUUCUGUGACAUGAAAUCCAUUUUGCUGAUUAAAAAUUUGUAAAUUUUCAUGACUCACUCAACAAUAUACAAGAUACAUGCAAAGCAACUGUGCACCAGAUGAUCAAUUUGCAAGAAAAAAAGAAAAUUGUCGAAAACUGUCAUAAAGUUGGUACCACUUAGUUUACAAUUUAUUUAAGUUUAGCAGUUAUUUCGUAUUUUUCCAUUAAAAAAGAUUACUGGGUAUGUCUACCUGGUAGAAUUCAUUCCCUAUGCGUGAUUUGCUAGUCGGUGUUAUCACGUGAUAUUACCGAGUUAGGUGUAUAGCUAAGUGCACAAGAACUGUUACUUUUGCUUCCAUAUUUUUAGAGUGAUUGCCCUUUGUUAUUUUUCAUGCUUAAUGUUUUGUCCGGGGCAUAUCUUGUAGAAUAUAAGAGUUAUCAACUUGAAACUUCAUAUGUAGAUAGAUCUCAUGGAGGGCAAGUGCAGUGCACAAUAACAGUAACUCAUGCUUUCUUAGUUUUAAAGAUAUUGCCCUUUCUUAAUUUUCAUGCUUAAAGUUUUGUCCGGGGCAUAUCUUGAAGAAUAUAAGAGGUAUCAACUUGAAACUUCAUAGCUAGAUAGAUCUCAUUGAGGGCAAGUGCAGUGCACAAGAACUGUUACUCUUGCUGCCAUAUUUUUAGAGUUAUUGCCCUUUGUUAAUUUUCUUGCUUAGGUUUUGUCCGUGGCAUAUCUCGUAAACUAUAGGAGUUAUCAACCUGAAACUUAUUCCGUAGAUAUAUCUGAUUGAGGGAAAGUGCAGUGCACUAAAACCGUAACUCUUGCAUCUAUACGUUUAGAGUUAUUGCCCUUUGUUAAUUUUCAUGCUUCAAGUUUUGUCCGGGGCAUAUCUUGAAGAAUAUAAGAGGUAUCAACUUGAAACUUCAUAGCUAGAUAGAUCUCAUUGAGGGCAAGUGCAGUGCACAAGAACUGUUACUCUUGCUGCCAUAUUUUUAGAGUUAUUGCCCUUUGUUAAUUUUCUUGCUUAGGUUUUGUCCGUGGCAUAUCUCGUAAACUAUAGGAGUUAUCAACCUGAAACUUAUUCCGUAGAUAUAUCUGAUUGAGGGAAAGUGCAGUGCACUAAAACCGUAACUCUUGCAUCUAUACGUUUAGAGUUAUUGCCCUUUGUUAAUUUUCAUGCUUCAAGUUUUGUCCGGGGCAUAUCUUGAAGAAUAUAAGAGGUAUCAACUUGAAACUUCAUAGCUAGAUAGAUCUCAUUGAGGGCAAGUGCAGUGCACAAGAACCGUAACUCUUGCUGCCAUAUUUUUAGAGUUAUUGCCCUUUGUUAAUUUUCAUGCUUAGGUUUUGUCCGUGGCAUAUCUUGUAAACUAUAGGAGUUAUCAACCUGAAACUUAUUUCCGUAGGUAUAUCUGAUUGAGGGAAAGUGCAGUGGACAAAAACUUUAACUCUUGCAUCUAUAUGUUUAGAGUUAUUGCCCUUUGUUAAUUUUCAAGCUUAAAUUUUGUCCGGGGCAUUUCUCGAAAACUAUAAGAGUUAUCAACUUGAAACUUUAUAGAGAUAGAUAGAUCUUAUUGAAGGGGAUCGCAGUGCACAAAAACUGUAUCUCUUGCUUCCAUAUUAGAGUUAUUGCCCUUUGUAAAUUUUCAUGUUUAACUUUACCUUGCACACUUUUUUAGCUCACCAGAGCACGAAGUGCUCAAGGUGAGCUAUGGCUUAACUUUGUUACCUUCAGUUCAAAUGCCACCUACACUUGAAAGUUAAAUGGCAACAUAUCAUUGUCUAUAAAUCAAUAAAAUGCCAAUCUAACAGCUAUAAUGUUGACAGUAAAUAAUUCGUCAGGCGACACAUCCGACUCCCGGAGUUCUAGUUUUACAAUUAUGAUAUCAAAGCGUAACACAUUCUAUUAAAUAAUUGUCCUGAAAUUUGUUACAGAAAAAAACCUUUUUUGGUGCCAAUCUGGUGUACAGCCCCUUUCAGACUUUUGUUGAAAAUAAUGGUAUUAUAUUGAUGUUUGUUAUAUACAUGUAAAUUAAUAAAUAAAUUUUGAAUCGUAUAAUAUAAAAUAUAUUCAAUUGAAAUUCUUCAUUCAUUAUUGUGUCAAUCUAGUAUUCUAUAAAUAUAUUGGUCUAAUUAUAAUAAAUUAUAUUUAUAUAAUAAAUUAUUUUGUUUUGCAAGUACUUUUACAUUGGCAUGGGAAUUGUCUGAUUGUUUUAAUCAUUCAUUAUUAAUAUGUACUUGAAUCGUUCAGAAAUCAUGACUACUUUCUGUGUUAUUUAUGUUUAUUUAAUUGUUAUUAUCCCUUAUUUUGAAAUAAAUAAGUAGAUAUUUUGAAGUACUCUGUAUGACACAUAUCGGUAAAUGAGAUAAAUAUUUAUGUUAUUGUUGUCACCAUGACUGUAACGGCCAUAUUUAGGCAUUAAUAUUCCGCUUAAGCCUAUAAACUUUGAAGUUGAACUUUGUUCCGGAAUCAUUAUUAUUACUAAUCUAAAUUGAAGUACCCCACAGUGUCAUUUUAAUCCUAUAUACGUUUAGUUAAGAAGGCCAUUAAAAUUACUUUGUUGUGUAAUUUCAUUUUAUUUUGCAAUGUGAUAAUUUAUUGUUACAAGUAUUAUCUAUUCAUACAGAAAAUAAUUAUUUGUUAUAAACAUAUACAUACAACAUUCACUGUGAUUAAAUUGCAUGUGUGCGUACAAUUGUUUGAUCCACAUCGUGCAAUGCUCGUCGUAUGAUAUAAAGUUGUUAUACAGUCUCCUUUUGAUCUAUCAUUAAAUGUUG